CAUUGCACAACCUUUAUCACCCUCCCGUCUAAAUAGGUCGCUCAAGGCCAAUCCCAGCUCACUGUCAACGCAGGCGAGCAGUAAUGGGACCUACCUCCCUCCAAAUUCCAGAAAACUAUAUCCAUUCUCGCUCUGCAAGCUCUUCGCCGUCUAGGAUCGAUCCGUACUAUUUUGGCGAAUCACCUUCUCCAAGUGAUUACCCCAGAACUCCGGCGAACGAGAUUGACAGGGCCGCACUAGUGGGCGUUGGAGAGCUAGCUACUCCUCGUCAUGGGAAGGAUGAUAGUGCUGAUGCUUACGAGGAGGUUAAUGUGAACGAUUCGGGCGGUACAAGAGACAGCGACAGUCCUUCUGGCUGGACCAUUGAGGCGAUUGACGGUGAAAUGUCCGAAAAAGAAGACCUUCCAGACAUAAAACAACCAUUACGUUCACGACGUUCCAUUGCAGAAGAGAGUGGCGGAGAAGAGAUUCUUUAUCCACGUAAAUUGAAACAGACCGACCUCUCUCCAGUGCCCCCAGAUCAGAAUGCCACAGUCUCUUCUCCUCCAAGUGCAUUCGGUCAAGCCCCUCGUCGAGCCCGGAAACGUACCUCUGACGAGUUUGAGCUUGAUCAAACCGGUUCUUUGGUCUCCAAGCGCGCUACUUCCGUUUCAGUGAAAGAGAAAUUCACAGAGGAUACUAAAUCUUCGGCGCGCAAGCAUAGAAGUCUCACGGUGGCCAACAUCUCGGGCAUGCCAACCAGAGAGCAUGGCAGGGGCAAGGAUCGUCGUCGGGAGAGCUUAGGGCUAAAUUUGAGCACCAGCUCAAAGAGUAUUUCUUCUUCUACCAAAGGACCCAUAGAGAGGCAUCACAGUCGCCAGGGCUCAACAUCUUCUAACCCUACAGACUCUCUUCACUCCCGACGCGUUCAAACCACCGACUUUUCUCACCUUCCACCAUCACCUUCGUCCUCAGUAAUCCAACAGUUUCUCAGAGCUCCGAGCAGUGGUUCUGUUCCUCCACGCUCUCCUCCCCUCAAUUCUUCGUCCUCGAAGGACCAUACUUCGUCUCACGUCGCGCAUUCUCUUCUCAGGGGGACUCAAGAAGGUUGGUCGGGUAUGGAUGAUGAAGCAACUGCUGAAGCUUUGCGAAAAUUAGAUGGAUUGUCCGGCAAGACGGCUCGAGCAAGAGCCAGUUUGGGUAGCCUCCAUCGACAAAGCAGCCAAAGCCGUUCAGGAACGCCGGGUAGUAAGUCAGGCAGCCAAUGGGAAGGCAUUGAAGGUGGGAAACGGAGGGAAACACGAGAUAGUGCUAUCAGCGUCAAGGAGAAGGAACCGGCACAACGUCCGUCAAUCGGUAUGGCUCUUGGUGGCGAUGGAGAGACAACAGCAGCAGGGAGUGCUCCAAGCAGUGACGAGCAGCAGCAGCAGAUGAUUGAGAAGACCCCAAAGAAGACCGGAGGACCAAACACACCUUCUACCUUCACGCCUAAGCGGGGUUCAGCCUCAUCUGCUACUGCCAGUACCCCUACGACCAGUUCUCGUGAUUCGGUAUCGAUGUCUGCUGCUACUAGUGUCACCUCGGUGGCAUCCGGCAGGCCAUCGACGGGGAACGGCAAGGCUAGGCGAAACAGCGCUGGGAGUGAUGUAUCCAGCAUACACUCUAGCGAUGCCAACUCGUUCAAGGAUCGUGUUGCCUCUUUAGCGCUCAACGGCGAGCCUAGUGGGGACGAGCCUAUCGUACCUCCUGUGCCUCCCUUACCCAAGGAUCUUUCAAACUAUAGAUCUCCUCCACCCACUGCAGUAGGCUUGAAUUUCCCGUCGCAAGAGGGGGGGCGAAACGGUCACGAAGUCAUUGACCAGGAACCUAUUGUGUCACUCGAGGUUCCUUCUGUAGAGCCGCCGCCUACAACUUCAUAUAAAUCGCAAAGGAGGCAGAGCCAGCGUCCUACGGCCAUUAAUACGAGUGGAUCAGAAUCUGCUACACCUGCUGUAUUGAAGACACCUUCAAAGAAAUGGAGCUUUUCCAGUGCUUUAAACUUGAAGCUGUCGAGUUCGCCAUCUAGUAAGCAGCAGCAACAACAACAACAGGGCAAUCCAUCUAGUCCUCGUGGCUCUGGGCUCACGCGAUCAUUGCGAAAGUCGCUCUCAAAAGAGCAGCCAUUCUCACCCGCUUCUGAAAUCAUCAGAAGUCCUUGGUCACCGACUCAACCAGAUGCAAUGGGGUCCGCGACAUCUCUUACUUCUAUGUCAUCCUUGGGCUCCGCUCGAACGCCAGCUAUUACAUCUCCACUGCACUCCGUCCACGUUUCUAAAACCCCUGAUCGCAGCAUCGUAUCUAGUCGGACAGGAACAGAUUCCAGUGCGAGCACCAAUGCAGGCCUCGCUGCACCUCACCAACAUCCAGGACCAUUGAGUCCCAGUUCUUCCGUGCGUCGCCAUCAAUCAAAGAGACUCACACCAUCAUCCAUCCCCUUCUUCCGCCGGUCAUCAUCUCAAUCUAUGCCACCCCCGCCUUCCUCACCACCACCACCUUCAUCUGACGGCAUGCUUUCUGCGACGACACGUUAUAAACAAAGCUCUUCUCCCAGUGCAAAUGACUAUAACCCUCCGUCCACCACUGCUUCCCAUCGGAAAUCGUCUGUUUUUACCAUUCCUUCACUUCUCAAAGGGUCCAGUUCCAGGAAAAGUCUAUAUUCAGAUGCAAAAGAAUCUGCUAAGGAGGUACAAAAAGCUAAAGAUGCGAUUAAAGAGGUCGAGCGUCGGCAGGAGAAGGAGAAGCAGAAGGAAAGAGAGAAGCAGAAGAAAGAUGACAAGGAUCGCAGCGAAAGCAGAAUAUCCACGGUUCUCAUGGGUAGAAAGAGGGGAAAAACUCUUUCAUCGACUGAUCCUAAGAAACCGAAGUCUCCUGUUCACUUGCCGCCGAUGCAGAUUUCUGCAUUAGAACCAGUGACUGCUCAGAGGGUCGCCAGACUCAAGUCUUCUGGCGCUCCUGCCUCACCGUCGUCCACACCUGUCACCACACGUUCGACAUCAUCAUCUUCCAGAGCGACAUCUCAGACCGCUAGUUCAAUGCAGAAACAAUCCGAUACCUCACUACGAAGUCGUACUCAGCUGCCGACUAUCGCAGGUUCUCCAUCUGUAGGCGUUCAUAACGUCUCACAAACUUCAAGAGAACCACCAUCAUCUACCAUGAACUCGGUCUCUGGUCUGCCGAAAGAAACACCUACGAAAAUCCCUCGUAUCUCAAGCAGGACCUCCGCAGUGGCCUCCCCAACGUUGAAAGGCUCUCAGUCAACUAUCACAGCCCGGCGCACCAGCACUAAUGUCAGUGCGACGACGACCUCGAGGAACGCCUCGCCAAGUGGGCCACCCAUCAAUGAAUUCGGGGUGAUGGAGACGGGUGGUCAGGCAUCACCAAAGACGGUUGGCAAAACUGUCCAUGCCAGGACGUCGCCGGCUAUGACGUCAACAACGACUCCUCGACUACCUCGACAAAUAUCUGCCAGUGCUUCGGCAACAGGAAGUAUCUUACCGCGCAAAAGCAACAGGGAAUCCAUUUCUUUCACCGGUUUACGCAAGCCAUCUGUCACUUCAGUCUCCACAGACACGACUGUUGGGAAUGAAUCCUCGUCCUCACACCAUCGCUUCUCCGCUUUGUCUCCAUCGAAAGGUCUCAAACUUCUCAGUCCAAAGAUUUCCUUGUCAUCGGCACGUUCCUUAAAUGUUAACACUUCACAGGGCGUUGCAGGAACUCCAAGCUCUGGCCGGCAGUCCUUAUCUACGCCGUCACCAGCGCCGAGCUCAAUCGACGACGAAGAAGCAUUGGGUGAUGAGGAGAUGCUACAUUAUAUUCGGAGACAACAAGCAAAGAAGUUACAGACCGGUUCUACUCAGGAAGAACUGGACGGACUCCUCAAAUUCCCCGAACCUAUUCUACCCGCUGAACCUCUUUCAGCUGCCAGUGUCCUCAGCAGUAGUCAGAGCCAGCAUCUGUGCGAAUAUGAACGGAAGGAGAUUCUUGAUUUCCCUGCUGUAUACUAUGUGGGUGCACGCAGCAAGAAGAAUGUCGCAACUUUGGAUAAUACGACGAACAAUUAUGGCUACGACGACGAUCGAGGCGACUAUCAAGUCAUUACGCGGGACCAUCUGGGAUAUCGUUAUGAGGUCGUUGAUACUCUGGGCAAAGGGUCAUUCGGACAAGUCUUACAUUGCAGAGACCAUUGCACUGGCGAGUCGGUCGCAAUCAAGAUCAUCAGGAACAAGAAACGUUUUCACCAUCAGGCUCUUGUAGAAAUCAAGAUCCUGGACAACCUGAGGAAAUGGGAUCCGGAAGAAAAGCAUCAUGUUAUCAAGAUGACGGAACAUUUUUAUUUUAGGAAUCAUCUAUGCAUCGCAAUGGAACUCCUCAGCAUCAACCUUUACGAACUCAUCAAAGCAAACGGUUUCGUCGGAUUUACGACUGCUCUCAUUCGACGGUUUACAAGCCAAAUGUUGUUAUCGCUUUCACUUAUGCGGCACCACCGCAUCGUACAUUGUGAUCUCAAGCCCGAGAACGUCCUACUCCGUCAUCCGGCCAAGAGUGCGAUCAAAGUGAUAGACUUUGGCAGUAGCUGCUUCGAACACGAGAAAAUCUAUACCUAUAUUCAAAGCCGGUUCUAUCGUUCGCCUGAAGUCAUCCUGGGCAUGAACUACCACAUGGCCAUCGAUAUGUGGAGUUUGGGCUGCAUCCUCGCAGAGCUUUAUACUGGAUUCCCCAUAUUUCCUGGAGAGAACGAGCAGGAACAGCUUUCGUGUAUCAUGGAAGUUUUGGGAGUUCCCGAUAAGGAAUUUGUGAACCGUAGUUCGAGGAAGAAACUUUUCUUCGAGCCCAAUGGCGCUCCACGUGCGGUGAUCAACUCAAAAGGACGAAGGCGCCGGCCCGGGACGAAGACUCUUGCUCAGGUUCUCCGGUGCAACGACGAAGAAUUUGUUGACUUCAUUGCCAAGUGUCUGGUUUGGGACCCUGAAAGGAGGAUUAAACCUCAAGCGGCACUACGACACCCGUUCGUAACGGCUGGUAAACGACCCAAGCAGGUGCCGCCUCCGACCAGUAGCAAACUAUCGACGACGAGUUUGAGCGGCCGUAGUAAGAAGGAGAUCACUGAAACGCCGAAGAAAUCGUUGAUCAGUGCCCCGACACCUCUUACUGCGCGAUCGACGCGAGCGACUGGAAAUGGGGUACCGGCAACGCCAAGUACUUCGACCCAUAGUACGACAGUUCCGUCGUCUUCUCGGUCCUAUAGAGCAUCAGGGGCUCAUAGCCUUUCAUCAUCACACCAUUCUAGUAGAACGUUGAAUGGUUAUGUCGCUGCUAAAUGAGAUGUUAUUUAAAUUUUUCUGUUCAUGUGCUCAUAUUCCUUGGAGGUUUCUAUUGCUCUCUAGCUCUUUUAGAACGGAUUACAUGCCUAAAAAAGCAAGCUGACUCUAAAUACCCGUCAUCUUUGUACGCGAUUGUUUUCUUUUACGUUUUUUCGGUCUUUGCUUUUUACCUGUGUGACCCUUGCAAUUUUUCGAACCCUUCUAAUUCUUCACGUUCACGUUAUGCAAUACAUCACCGCAUUUUUACAUGAGUUUCCGAGUCUUGAGAGGGACCUUUUUCCAGGUCGUUAGCCC